ACGGUGGAUAUGAAUAUAAAAACCGAGCAUGUGGGCCUGCGGACGGCUUUAUGCAACCUCAUCAUCGCUAGCGUAACUGAUGAGGGAGCCGACGUGUACCUGGCGCUCGGCACUAUGCAUUAUAUGGUUCAAAACAAGCAAGCUCGUUACAAAGUCAGCGCGUGGGAGCCCGCACUUGAAGAGAUUUUUCGACACCACCCCUCUGCAAAGCUGGCGUACACUGGACUGCUUGAUAUUAACGACUUUACUACGGAUGGUUUCUACGUGCAGAAGCACCUUGGAGAGUUCUUUCCGACGUUUUCGGAGAUCCUCCGAUCGCCUCACCCACAUCGACAACCGGUGUUCAUUGUCAUGUUCCAACCUUCACCGGUCCCCUAUGGCGGCGAUUUUCAGAGUUCACGCAGAAGGUCAACAUCUUUAGUUGACCUGUCAGCGACGUCUUCCGGGCGACUGCAGUUUCCGAUAGUGCCAGAAGAUUUUAACUUGCGCGUCUAUCUACAGCGCCUCAAGUUGUGGUUUACAGACACAGCACAAUCUUUGCAAUAUUUUGAAAUCGAAGUUCCGAGUUACGGAGUCGGAUAUCGCGAGAAGUGCACAGAAGUGUCAUCAUCUCUGAUGGAGCGUGCGAAGCUAUUGGCUGUGUUCGUAUCCGAGCAGAUGAGCGGGUUGACACAAGAGAGAGAUUGCUCCAUGCCCACUGUUGAUUUGCACUUGACCAAGUUGAUGACGGAAUUAAACUCGCGUGUAAUUGGCCUGGGCUGGGUCCGAGUGGGCAGCGAGCUCGAGCGAGCGAUUCUUUACAAGGUGCUCGCUGACCGCAUCGGUCUACCCUGCGCGCUCUACAGAACAUCCAGCGCACACGCUUGGUGUGAGGUCGCUAUGCCUGAGUUAAACACGGAGGAGCAAGAUGAGGAAGUCUCAAUAAACCAAUAUCCAGCAGGUCUCCGUCGCAUGAAUUACGUAGUGGAUCUCACAUUACAACCAGGCCAGCUGCACCAAGUGGGCAGUGUCGAGGCUCGUAGAAUAUGCGGACCGAAAUGCACGCCAUCGUUCGUUGCGCGUAACUCGCCGCGAGCGUGUGUUUGUGAACGCCAUGACAAGGAUAAUUUGUCUAACGAUGAUUCUAGAGUCAGUUAGUCCUAAAGACAAAUAAUGUUUACCUAUCCAUGACUUUAUUUUACUUUAUGCAUAGACA